AUGAGCAGUGCUUUUAGAAUGUACUCUGCCAAGAUUUCGCAUGUCAUGGGGAUGCAGAGGCACUUCAUGUUGAUCAACCGUGACAUUCAUCCAAUCAAAACCACCCCUUCUUUUCUGUCCAACACAGUGCUCUCUAAACCUUAUUUUCGAUUGCCGCAUAGUCUGAGGAAACCCAGAGAAUAUGAAACAUCUUCAUCUUCAUCUUUGUUCUCUUCAUCUUUCUGCUCUUCUUCCUCUUCUUCUUCUUCGUCUGCUGCUACAACUUCCCUCUCGAAGAUUGGCUUUGUGGGAUGGUAUUUGGGGAUGAUCAAGUCGUGGCCAAUUUUGACAAAAAGUGUUACUUCUUCACUUAUUUACAUAGCUGCUGAUUUAUCGUCUCAGACUAUCGUGCAAGAAUCUUCAGAACCUUUUGAUUUUACAAGGACUUCACGCAUGGCCGGAUAUGGGUUGAUCGUUUUAGGACCAUCCCUGCAUUUCUGGUUCAAUUUUGUGUCAAAGCUUUUCCCAAGGAGGGAUCUUUUCUCUACAUUGAAGAAAAUGGUCAUGGGUCAGACAAUUUAUGGACCUACCAUGACUGUUGUUUUCUUCUCCUUGAAUGCUCGUUUGCAGGGUGAAACGGGCUCAGAGAUUGUUGCACGCUUAAAACGUGAUUUGCUUCCAACUAUGCUAAGUGGAAUUAUGUACUGGCCUAUAUGUGAUUUUAUCACCUUUAGGUUCAUUCCUGUCCAUUUACAGCCAUUGAUCAGCAAUUCAUUUUCGUACUUGUGGACUGUCUAUAUGACGUAUAUGGCAAGCCUAGAGAAAGCAGCUUGA